CAUAAAUUUCGUACGUUACAACAAUGCAAGCGAAUCGUGUACGUUACAACAAUGCAAGCGAAUCGUGUACGUUACAACAAUGCAAGCGAAUCGUGUACGUUACAACAAUGCAAGUGAAUCGUGUACGUUACAACAAUGCAAGCGAAUCGUGUACGUUACAACAAUGCAAGUGAAUCGUGUACGUUACAACAAUGCAAGCGAAUCGUGCCCUGGAACGUUACAAAUGUCGAGGAUGGAAACGUGGAAAUCCAAUCCUCGUACUCAGAUCUACCUGCCGAAACAGCAGACGUCGUCAUUUUUACUACCCUACGUUUACCUGAGGCACGUACCGCAUCGGAGGAUUCUUUCUAAGGUAUUCCAGUUCCUUUUACUUGUCGUUCUUAUGGUGACCGUGGUCAUCAACAUCCUCUUCAUCCUAGACACGAGCCGAAAGCUACAGGAGGAAGACUCUCUUUCUGGAGACUCUCCCAGCCUGAGUGACAGCGAGAAAAGGCACAACAGUUUCAGACUUCAGGAGAGUCUGCCAAAAACGCUAACCAUAGAGGCGCUCUCCAGCCAAUCAAAAGUUUCCGUGUCCGUAGACGGAACCACGAUACUGGAAGACGCAGAAGAUAACAAAGGAAGGGGGAUACACGUGCUGGUCCUUAACCAAGCCACGGGAAGUGUCAUGGCCCAAAGAAUGUUUGACACUUACUCUCCUCACGAAGACGAAGCCAUGUCGCUGUUCCUGAGUAUGGUCUCGGAUGGGAGAAUACUCAUCUUUACCAUAAAAGAUGAAGGAACGUUUCAGAUGAAACCGCCGGCUCGAGAAUUACUUAAAAGGCUGGGGAGCAAAAAGGCUCACUUGAUCACUUGGCGAGAUAUGUGGGCAAUGGUGACGCAGAAGAGUGGUAAAAUGUAUGGAGAACUGUACAGUAAGAGUCCGGAGUUUAAUAGUUGGGGUGCGCCCGUUCUUCUGCGCGUGGAAGUACCGUUAGUUCCUGUAGAAGAGAGCGAGUGCGACUGGCCAGAUACGGAAGAAAACCGCAGGAGGAGGGCAUUUUGCAACCACAUCGAAGGCUACGGUAGCGUGUGCAGUUGUACGGAUCCUGCGCCAUUAUCAUUUAAUCCUGAAAACGUUCCUGUUAAUAGAGUGCACGAUGUUCCCGUCGCAAUAAUUGCCAGUAAUAGGCCACAUUAUUUAUAUAGAAUGCUUAGAUCUCUCCUCUCUGCGAAUGGUGCUAAUCCCGAGAUGGUUACCGUGUUUAUCGAUGGUUACUUUGAGGAACCUCUGGAAGUCACUAAGUUAUUUGGUCUAAGAGGAAUUCAGCACACCCCAAUCGGAUUGAAAAAUGCUCGCAUAUCUCAACACUACAAAGCUAGCCUGACGGCUACUUUUAAUCUAUUCCCCGAAGCAAAAUACGCUAUCAUAAUUGAAGAAGACUUGGACGUGUCUCCCGACUUCUUCAGUUAUUUUAGCCAACUUCUACGGCUACUGGAAGAGGACGAUUCUAUUUAUUGCAUAUCUGCCUGGAACGAUCAGGGUUACGAACACACCAGCGAAGAUCCUAGUCUAUUGUACCGAGUGGAAACCAUGCCCGGUUUGGGAUGGAUACUCAAACGUUCUCUCUAUAAAGAAGAAUUGGAACCGAGAUGGCCGACACCAGAAAAAUUGUGGGAUUGGGACAUGUGGAUGAGAUUGCCCGACGUUAGGAAGGGAAGAGAAUGUAUCGUUCCUGACGUGUCUCGUACAUAUCACUUCGGUUCUUCCGGACUGAAUAUGAACUCUUACUUUCAGGAUGUCUAUUUUAAAAAGCAUUCGUUUAAUACUCAACCACACGUGGAAAUGAAAAAUAUAGACACGUUGAAGAAAGAUAAUUACGAGCAAAUGAUUCACGAUUUACUCAGAAAAGCAAUUGUGUUGGAUCAUAGCAAGUCACCUUGCGAAGAAAAUUUUGUACCGGAUACUAAGGGAGAAGUCUAUGUUAUGUUCAUAAAGAUGAGUGGUCCCAGAGAUUUCACCACUUGGUUACAAGUCGCUAAAUGUUUUAAAGUUUGGGAUUUAGAUGCCAGGGGAUAUCACAAGAGUAUGUGGCGAUUAUUUAUGAAAGGAAACCAGCUACUGGUGGUCGGCGUACCCAACUCCCCGUAUUCGUCCUUCAAACCUGCCAGAGUGACCCCCAUAUACCUGGAAAAUCAGAAAGUCGACAAGGAUCAUCUACGGUAGUGAAUUAAGACAGCAUACUGUAGGGUCGUCGUUUAGCAUAGAAAAAAACUCCGGCGUAGGGCGUCGGUGCCGGACGGGUCCGAGUGCAGCAAACAGUGCUAGUUAUCCUAAUCUCGUCUGUACGUGCCAAGUUAGAGUUCGGUGCAGACGGCCCAUGCUACGACUGUGCCAUACCGAGAAACGUUCCGACGGGCGAUGCCAUCUCGACUCCCGUCGCUCGGCAGAACGAAAGGUCAACCGCCGCCACCUCCGAUCCAGUCAGACGGCAGAAGCGAACUGUGCCAUAAGUGCGGGUCGGAUUUCGAAUGUCGCCGCGGGCAUCGCUUACGGAAUUUACCACCCUCUUUUUGAUAAAAGUGUCAUAUUUAUUAUAUAAAAAUCCUCCACGGUCUGUAUAUAAUCCCGAUUAAUGUAAUUUGUAUGUAUAUAGAAACACAUUUUUCUCCAUUCAAGCAUUGUCGUGAUACGGUGAUACCUAGAUUAGCGGGUCUAUUGUCGAGCUCACUAAAACUGUAAUUUGCAGCUUGUGUAAUAUAUAAAAAAAGAAUCUUUCAAAAU